AUGGCAUCGGCCUGGGAGCGGCUGCUGUCGGCCUUCGCCUCUGAGGCGGGGGACGCUCCUAGCUCCGAGCUCGAGGGCUGGGAGCGGCUGCUGCUUGCCAAGCUCGCGGCGCGGCAGCUGGGCGUGCCGAAGGCGCCGUUGGAGCGGCGCUGGCUCCAGGCGACGACCCUGGAUGACUGCCAUCAGCUGUUUCAAGAGGCUGACGCACCCUUGGCAGAGGCCAGAGCCUUGCUGGCGCGCUCACGCUCGAGAUCCCCGCGGAAGCUGCGCCGCUGCCGGGAGCUGCUGCGCGGCUCGCCGAACUGUGGCACCGAGAAGGCACGCCUGGCGCGGCAGCUGCUGAGGCGGCCUUUGGAGGUGGAGGGCGAUGCAUUGCCGCCUUGCCUGGCUCUAGCAGCACCUGCCAGUCUUGGACCGCCCGCCUUCUUUCCGGUGGGCAAUGCUGCAGGGCGCUUUGCGCCUCUGACUUCCGGCCUUGAGGUGGCUGAACCGCGCCUUCUCUUCAUCGGGAUGUCUGACCCAAGGCAUCUGCUCUCCGCCUUGGCAUUGCUAGACGAGACACAGCGCGUUACAUGCGUGCUGAAUGAUCUCAACGCAGAGACUUGCGCGCGCAACGCGCUGAUCUUGGAGCUCCUCUCCGGGAGCGAGAUGCUGGGUGAGCGAAUGCUGGCCAUUUUCUCGAUUUGGUGGCUACAUGAGUUGCCCUCGCCGCUGCUGCCGCUGAUGUGCCGGGCCGCUGCCCAGGCGAAGGCGCAAGGUUGCUGCCGCACCAAAGCAACCCUGGAGAGCUGGUGCGCCAUGUGGAGCCAGACGUCAAGUGGAGCUGGCUCUGAGCUUCAAGAGGUGUUGCAAGCUGCACAGCUGGAGGGCAAUGUGAAGGAGGCUGCAAGCAAUCUUGUUGAGGAAGGCAUGCCAGUCGUGGUGAAUUCUACGUUGCGGCACGCGGCGGCUCGCUUGGAGUACAACUUGCAUUCUGGGCAUGUCUCCGCGGGCUGGGAGGAGGCGGGGGACGGAGUCCUGCUGUGGCCUGGCUUAGACGAGGCGGAUGAGUUCGACGCGGACAGGGGCCAGCCCAACCGCGAUGAGUACUUGGCAGCCUGUGCCAAGCUUCUUCCCCUCUUCGUGGCAGCACUCUCCAAAGUUGGAACAUGGUUCCAGCAGGGGAGGGCGCACUGGCGGUGCCAAGCCGGCGAUUGCCUCGCCCUGCUUGAUGACCUCCCAGGCUCAGCUGGCUUCCAUCGUAUCUUCACCUCAAAUGUAGCUGACCAUGUCGGGGUGCCCAGCCUGGCGCUGAAGUUGCUUCCCUUCCUUGAGACCCACGGGAGGUUGGUCGCUUGCCUCAGCAACAACUUGAAGGCAGUCGACUUUGGCGGUGACACGGAGUCUCUCUUCCCCAAGCUGCAUGGUGUCACGCUUGAGGCCGCCGCCAAAGCACUUGGCGCCAAGCAUCAGAGCUGCGGGGAUCAGGUGUGGCUUCAACCGAAAGAGGCAGCUGCCGAAGACAGCAAGGCUCUGCUGGAUUUGAUCGUCUUCUCCGCGGACCGUUUGUACCGCUGCCCUCAACCUGCUGACGAGACCAUUCGCAGGCGCAUGGAGCAUGGGGAUUGCCUCGGUAUGGCCCACAGGUUCGCCCGUCGCUUCAGCUGCUCGGCGGUGACUGUGGCCUGCUUGGCCCGGCUGCUGCUGCGUUUGGCCAAGAUAGCACCAGAGGUCGCUGCCGAGGCUUGCGCGCGCGUGGUGGAGGCAGCGCCACAUUCACUCCUGCGCUUGGCGCAGUGCCUGCCCAAGGAGUUGCCUGCAGGGCUGCAGGCUUUGCCUCCUGAGGCGCGGCCGCGAAGCUUGAGGUUGCUGCGAUUCCGAGUUUCACAGAGCCGACUGCCACGCUGGGCCUGGCGCACACAUCCAACUGUUGUGCUGCUUUGGGUGCGUGCCUCUGGGCGGACAGCUGCGCGGCCGCAAACGCUGCGCCCGCAAGAGCCGAUGUGGCACAAAUGCAGGAAAACCUCGCAGCUGCCAAGCGGCGAGGUUUGGGGCCAGCUGAAGUGGGCCUUGGAUGCCAGCCCAGAUGAGGUCCAGAUCAUCGAUGGUUUGGAUAUCGCGAUGCAGGAAGACGGCAACGUGUGCAUCACCUUCGCCCUGGAUGCAUUUGAGUGCGAGUUCGGGGUCGGAGCUGCAGCUUUCCUUCUGAGUGUGGUUGACAACGUCAUUGUGACAGGUGAGAUGGACAUCCAACUGCACCGCCUUGACUUGCUGCAAUGCGGGGCGCUCCAGCCUGGCACUCUGGAGGUCUUGCCUGUCGGCAAGAAGAAGCAGCAGAAAGUAGCAGUGGGUGAUGACUCUGGUGUGCUGCAGGUCUUCUACCUCAAAAAGGGAGAGGUGCAAUUUGAGUGGAAGUCUCCGCCGCUGGGGCGAGAGAUCAGCUCCGUGGUGAUGCAAAUGGCGAAGGACAAGAUCUUCGUUGGAUGUGGGCAGUCCAUUCAUGGCUUCACUCGCAAGGGAAAAGAGUUUGUCAAGAUCAAGACUAACUUGACAGAGACCAUCAAUCAUCUCUUCGUAGAAGAGAACAUGAUUUGGACUGGGGGCGAAUACAUCCUUAACAUUUACGAUAAUUGCAAGGACUUCGGCUUUGUGAUGACGAAGGACCGAAUCAAUGCCGCAGCCCCAACUGACAGGUCGAAGGCUCUGCUUCUGCGCUGGGCUUUCACGGGGGAAACCCGGUGGACAAUCCUUCGCGGGGCUGCCAAGCUGUGGGAGGAGGGCGGGGCAGACGAGGCCGGGCGUUUCGACAGGCAGGAUGGCACAGUUUUGCGCCUCACUGCUCUGGUGCUUGAGGAGGAAGAGGAGGCGGAGAAGAAGAAAAAUAAGAAGAAGAAGAAGAAGAAGAAGAAGAAGAAGAAGAAGAAGAAGAAGAAGAAGAAGAAGAAGAAGAAGAAGAAGAGGCAACUUGAGGAGGAGAAGGUGGCCAGCCGAAAGAAGGAGCUGAAGGCUCUGGGUGUUGCCGACAUCAAGGAGAUGGCUUCAAAAGCAUGCUUGCAGACAGGAAAGAAGGAGGACAUGAUUCAGGCCAUCCUGGAGCAGGAAGCAUCAGAGCGGGAGGCGGUGAAAGCCCGUGAAGCCCAAAUCCGAGCAGUGGUCGUGCAGAAGAAGGAAGAACUGGAAGCUCGCAGCGCGCCGGAGCUGAAAGAGCUCUGCGCGGUCCAGGGCAUCACAGGAACGCUGCCAAAGCAGACGCGCGUCGAGAAGCUUUUGCAACAGUGGCAGCAGGAUGGUGGUGUGGACAAGGCCUUGGAGCAAAUGGUGCGCGACAAACAGGAGGCAGCGCUGGUUGCCCUCGACAAGGCGGAGCUGCUCAAGCAGUGCAAGAAGCGCAACCUCAAGCCAUUUGUCAAGGAGGUCAUGGUGGAUCGGCUGCUGAAGGCAGAGCUGAGGGCGGGCCACUUUGCGCCCAAAAAGGUCGAGGAGGAGAAGCCCGUCAACGGAGAUCUGGUGGAGGCAUUGCUGAGUAGCGAGGCACAGCGCAAGAAGGAUGCAGAGUUGAAGAAGCAGCAGGAUGAGGCCGACAGCAGCAAGCGCAAAGAGCUGCGCGUGAUGUCUGUGGAGGCCCUCAAGAAGGCUCUGAUCAGCAAGAGCCUGGAAGCUUCUGGGAGGAAGGAUGAUAUGGUGGAGAUGCUUUUCCAGGCAUGGAAGCAGGAACAAGCGCUGGCAUCCAGGAAGGCAGAGCUGAAGGCUUUGAGCAAAGACGACUUGAAGAUUCUGGCUGCCCGAAACGGCUCUACUGCCAGCGCCAAGGAGGCCAUGAUUGAGGCGGUGCUCCAGCAAGAGGCCAAGCAGCGCCAGAUGCAGAAGGACUACGAUGCUAAGGUCAUCCUGGUACUUGUCAAGAAGCGAGAAGAGCUAGAUGACAAGACCAACCAUGAGCUCAAGGAGAUGUGCGCGAGCAGAGGUCUGAAGGCAGGAAGCUGCAAGGAAGACCGCGUUGAAAGGCUCCUGGAGAACAUGAGGACGACGCACGAGGCAGACAAGGAUGUGUUGGAGCUGAGCAUGGCGGAGCGUCGGCAAGAAUUUCUUGCUAUGGACGAGACUCAGCUGGAGAAGCUUUGCACCGAGCUUAGCGUCGAUCCCCUGGUGAAGGAGGUAAUGGUGGAGCGGCUUCUUGCUGAGAGCUGA